UAUUUUUAUUUUUUUUAAAUUUACAAUUUGGGUUGCUAGGCUAGUUUCUAUGUAAAUUUUAAUUACGAUUUAAGUUGCUUUAUAGGUUGCUAUGUAGAUUUUCGUAAAAAUACAAAAAAAAAUUAUUUUAAACUGUAAAAAUGAAAAAACGCUUCUAAUUUUUCUAAAUGCUAUAAAUAGACCUAUCAGUAUGAACAAAAGUGAUGUCCCUAUUAUAAAACUUUCCUAUAUAUAUAUAUAUAUAAGCACAUUCCAGAAGUUACCAAGUAAAUACUAAAUAUCUCAGCAACAACUACCCCCACCAUUACCAUUAGGAGCUGCUAGUCAAAAGCAUAUAUCAGAUCAAAAAUUAUUGCUGCUUUCUACUUCAUACACCUCCCUUUAUAAAACCCCAUCAAACCUUAACUCUUCUUCCUUAGCCUUGUUAACCUCCUCAUCUCUAUUCCCUCUUCUCUCUUCUCUCUUUCUCUCCAUCUGCAAAUGUCUAUAAUAUCUGUAAAAUCUCCUAAACACUGUGGCAAACAAGGAGUGAACGUUGAAAAGGCUUACAAGAAGCUUGUCUGUGCUGGCUCUGCUCUAUUCACUACAAUCCUCUCCAUAAUACUCUUAGUUUGGCUAAUCCUUCACCCAACAAAGCCUGAGUUUUCACUCAAAGAAGCUGAUAUUUACCUCUUAAACCUCUCAAAUGUUAAUCUCCUCAACUCAUCAAUCCAACUCACUCUAUUCUCUAAAAACCCGAAUCAGAAAAUUGGUAUUUACUACGACGAGUUACAAGUUUAUGCCACUUACAAAGGCCAACAGAUUACUCUUUACACUUCUCUUCCUCCUUUCUACCAAGGACAUGAAGAUACUAAUCUCUUAUCAGCUUCUCUGGUGGGAAUUGGCUUACCUGUUGCACCUUCCUUCGGUUAUGAAGUAGAGCGCGAUAAGAAUGUUGGAAGAUUAGUUCUGAAUCUUAAACUCAAUGCCCGUCUUCGGUGGAAGGUAGGAACUUGGGUCUCUGGUAAAUACCGGUUGAAUGUGAAUUGUGUCGCUGUUAUGGCUUUUGGACCUUCUCUUUCGACCGGUAAGCAAGGGACUCAAUGUUCUACUUCGGUUUGAAACUAAGAAAACUAACUUAUAGCAAUCUUCUUCAGUGAGUUUUAGUAUGAAUUGUAUAUUGUUGUUACUAGAAAAGUGUUCUUGUGAAUUAUUAUUAGUAACUAUUUGAUAUAACAAAAGAUAGUAACAAAAAAUAUUGUAAGUUAAGAAGAAAGUUUGGUUGGAUUGUGACUUUUGUUUUUUUAUUUCUUCUGACUGAGGAUAAUGAAGGAUAUAGGAUUGUUUUAUGCUUUGUUGAGUUUUGCUUUGGUUUUUUGGCUAUGAAGAUAUGAAAGAGUGAGUCAAUAAGUGAAAGGUUUAAUGAUGAAAGUGAGAUUCUAAAGAGAAAAGUUGAUAAAAAGGAAGAAGAUUGGUUGCUUUCUUGGCAAUGAAAAUUGUUCAAUUUUGCAGUUA